AUGGUGCGAUCCAGGCUGACGCGCAUUGCCCCGGUGGCCAUGGCCGGCAUCCUUUGCGGGAGGGCUUUCGUCGGCAUGUUGCCGGCAACUCGAUCCAGCCUCCUGCAGCGUUCUGCCGGCUCUUCAACCGAGGGAGCAAAAGCCGCCUUCAACGAGCUUUUCUACCAUGACGAUCGACCGAUUGUCCUGUAUGACGGCGUUUGCAAUAUGUGCAACAGCGCCGUGGAUGUGGCUUUGCAGAAGGACCCUGACGGUCGCCGGCUGCGCUUCUCCGCAUUGCAGUCAGAGGUCGGCAAGCAACUGCUGGUCUUCUGCGGCCGGCGAGCUGAGGAUCUUAGCUCCAUGCUGGUUGUGAAGCCUGAUGGUGAAUGUCUUUCUCGGUCAGAUGCUGUUGUCUUUGUAGGACAGCAGCUGGAAGGCAGCAGCGUGCUGCAAGGCUUGAGCAAGGCUGCACAGGCACUGCUACCCAAACCGCUACGAGACGGGGCAUACAACGUGGUGGCCAAGAACCGCUACCGUGUCCUCGGUCGGCGAAAGGAGCUGAGGCUAAAACAGGACGGAAUGGAGGACAGAUUUGUCAACAGGGAGUCCAAACCUGCCGUCGAGGGUGCCUGA